AUGGACGUCCGCGUACUCAGGCCGUCCGACAUCCCGCAUGUCCAAACUGCCAACAUCACGAAUCUCCCCGAAAACUACUUUUGCAAGUACUACCUCUACCAUGCUCUGUCAUGGCCGCAGCUGUCAUAUGUUGCUGUCGAUGUUUCACGCCCGCCUAAGACCCCUUAUGAUCCGCCCAAGAUUGUGGGUUACGUGCUCGCAAAGAUGGAGGAGGACCCUGCCGAUGGCAUCCAACAUGGUCACAUCACUAGUCUGAGUGUCAUGCGUACCCACCGUCGUCUGGGAUUGGCCGAGAAGCUGAUGAGGCAGAGCCAGCGCGCCAUGGCCGAGACUUUUGGCGCUCACUACGUUUCUCUGCAUGUGCGUGUUUCCAACAACGCCGCAUUGCGCCUGUACCGCGACACGCUGGGCUUCGAGGUCGAGAAGGUUGAAGCCAAGUAUUACGCAGACGGCGAGGAUGCAUACAGCAUGCGCAUGGAUCUCUCCGGCAUCCGCCAGGCCAUGAUCGAUGAGAGCAUCAGUGAUGCGGAAGACGAAGGCGAGCCGGUCGGCAGUAUGGGCGGCAAGGAUGAGGAGGGGGCCGAGGGUAAGGGCGAGAAGAAGAGGAAGGUCAAGGUCGGACGGGGCUUGGGCGUUGGCGACUUAGUGGAACGGAACGAGAGCACUCAUGCGGCUUAG